UCAUUCAACCCAUGAGAAAAUAUACUCACAAAACCACCAAACCCAUUAUGAAAGUCUUCGUCGGAUGAGAGUGUCGAUAGCUAUCUAUUUAUUCAUAAAUAACAGCUUCAUCACGGUCAAGUCAUUGUGUUCUUAUUAUUCUUAUUAUUAAUCAAUGGAUGGAUGGAUGGAAACAAACCUAAAAGUUCAUCGACAUCAAACCCUUCCCCCAAAUCAAUCAAUAUCCAACGAAUUCUCAACAUCCCCACCAAUAAUGUCAACUGUACCCAUCUGGUGUUAUUAGUCAGUCUCUUGCUCUAUCUCUCUAUCUACCAUUCAAGAGAAGCUACAUAGACGGCUUGUGUAGGAUCAUCUCGGCACUGGGGUCAGUCUGUACCACGAUAUCAUUAAUACUUCUUCCCAUUCCUCAAAUUCAACAUGUUUCCGAGGGUGUUGCCCAGAUUUCGCUCCACACAAAUCAGAUCUUUCAGCAACACAACUCCAAGAUCGGAAAUUUUAGAUAUAAAAAGUUUGCCGGAUAGAAUCAUUCCUCGGUAUCACCGUUCACAGGAGAGCCAUCUCCUUUCUUUGCAAUGGCCCUCGCCACCUCGAAAUCUAUUAAUCAUAAAGAAGGAUCGUUCCCCGACCGUUGCUGAGGCUCUCCUUGAAUAUGUCAAACAUGUACACUCAAACUACAACACUACAUCUCUCAUAUUCGAGAGAAAAGUAGCCGAGAGUAUACACAAUUCUUUGGCUUUUCCAAUCUACAGUACUGAUUUUCCAUCCCUCUUCCCAUCCAAAGUUGAUAUGGUAACAACACUCGGUGGAGAUGGAACCAUUUUACAUGCAUCUUCUCUUUUCAGCACCACUCGUCAUGUUCCUCCAAUUCUGUCCUUCAGCAUGGGUACUCUAGGCUUCUUGGGUGAAUGGAAGUUUGCUGAAUAUAAGCGAGCCUUUCGAGAAGUCUACAUGUCGGGCGCUGCUGCUGGAUCGCACCUCUUUCGAGACGAGAUGCACCCUCACAUUCAAACAUCUACUUCAGAUAAGAUUAACGAUAUGUCUGGCUGGUCAAAUAUGAGAGGCAAGUCGAUGGGACCAACACGGAGUUCGAAAGUGCUUCUCAGAAAUAGAUUGAAGGUAGAGGUCUUUGACGCGAAUGGAAAAAGUGCUCACGAGAGUGCAGAGGGCAAUGUGCAUGCCAUGAAUGAAGUUAUUAUUCAUCGGGGGAAAGAAGCACAUUUAGCCAUUAUUGAAGUUUUUGUCAAUAAUCAGUUUUUAACUGAGGCGGUUGCAGAUGGUAUGAUCAUUUCCACACCAACAGGAAGUACGGCAUAUAGUUUGAGUUCUGGUGGCAGUAUCAUUCACCCCCUCGUCAGCAGCCUCCUUUUGACACCGAUCUGUCCAAGAAGUCUUUCAUUUAGACCCCUUGUUGUACCUGCAAAUACACCAAUCAAACUUCGAUUGAGUGAUAAGAACAGAGGAAGGGAAUUGGAAGUUAGUAUUGAUGGACAAAGAAGAAGUAUUGGAGUCGGCGUCGGCAUGGAAGUAAGAGUUCAAGGCGAGGAAAUGGUAAAAGGCAGUAGCGAGUGGGGUGGGGGCGUUCCUUGUGUUAUGAGAGGGGCCAAAAGUGGUAUGAAGGAUGACGACGGGUGGGUUGGAGGCUUGAAUGGGCUGCUGAAGUUUAAUCAUCCUUUUGGCGAAGAAUAA